UAGGUGACCUAGACUACCAGCAAAACAUUCUGCACAUAUAGAUUCUAUAAUGGAAGGAACUGUAAACAGGGCGAGGUGUUCCGAACGAAACAAUAUACCCGAGGUGUUUCAAAUAACCAUUGGCUGAAAUACACAUAUUUGGACUUAUUACCAACUUCGGAAACAAUAAUUGUAUAAAAAAAAAUCAUAAUCUAUCGACAUUCAGAAUAAGACUGCAUUAAUACAACGCGUAGCAGGACAAAUCAUCAUCAACCUGAUGAGGGAAACUACACCUUUCCGACGAUGGAAUAAUCCCUGCUGAUCACAUCAAAAUGGCAACCUCCAUUACCGGGAGUAACGACAGUGUGCGAGGCAAGGAUGCUGCCUCGGAGACAGAGAUAGAUGACGAACAUGACCUUCCUCUAGACUACGAGCUCAAUGUUACCCUAGAUAAGAUUGCACAGAAACUCACCGACAAGGAUUUAGACAGGAUGAAGUUUGUCUAUUCAGGAGAAUGCGGAUUAGGUCGCCGGGUCCAGGAAAUAAUCACAACUCCUCUGCAAUUUUUCGAUCACAUGAAGCGUUCAAGGCGCCUUGACAGGAAUAAUCUGCUUCACGUCCAGGCUUUAUUAUGGAAUCUUGGAAAAACAGAUUUGAAUAAAAUAUUUGUGAAGUUUGCAAGGCAAUGUGACAGGGCUCCUCUACACUUUUUCUCUAACGACAUUGAUGAAGGUGACACAGAGCGCUCGCCUGUAAGCUUCCAUAUCUCUGGAGUCGCGACAGACCGCCGACAGAUCCAGAAACUUCAGGGACUCCUGGCAAAGCUCCUCGUUACACCAGAGGCGACCAUUUUCUUGAACGGAGUACAACCUUUCCACAGCAUUGUAGUCACCUUCCUCAUACCGAACAGUGCAGUGGCCAUCCUCAAGGAUCUCACGUCAGAGGAGAAAGGGCUUCUUCAACAGUGUGACGUCGAUUGUGUUUUCAUCGGCGAAUUCAAAAUCAGAAUCAAAGAUGAAAAGUUUGAAAUCCCAGAAAAAUUAAAUGAACGGGAUGAAGUAAAAAAGCUGCUAAACUGGAACAAACAGCUACAGAAAAAUCUCGAAGACACUGAAACACGAUUGAUCCAUAGAGAGAAAGAACUCCAGCGGGCUGUUAGUGGUUCGGAAAAACCUGACAAAAGCCAGUGUAUAUACAAGCGAUCAAUCAGUGGUUCCAAGACGAGAAUUCGGAGAGCAUCGAGUCAUUAUGACGUACUGAAUGAAAUUUCUCUCCGUUUGUCGGAUGAGCAUAGGAAAAAGUUAUCAGAGGGAUACACCUUUACACUCGAGGAACUAGACCACCUACAACUAAACAAACAUCAUGUGCUCCGAGUGUUGGUUGAUAAAGAUAUCAAAGUCGAUAUAAGAAACCGAGUCCUUAAGUUGCUAAGGAAACUGGAUGAAGACUCAAUUCUACAAGAGGCAGUGCUUUAUCUCAGCAAAUUUUCGGAAACAGAUAUAGAUUUGGUAGAAGAGCCGACGUUUGACGAGGAACCGGACCCAAAAAAACGUAGAAUCAUUAGCAACUGAACGUGUUAAAUUGAUACAAAAAGAAUAUGUGUUUUAGAUUAUAGAAACACAAUUUUUGUGCCGUUUGUGGUGGUUUAAAGAAACAUUCAUUUUCUUUAACAUCGUAGGAGUCACUCGUAGGAGGUCAGUAAUAGCAAUACACGUUACAAUUGGAUGAGAAUGUGUGCCUUUCAAGUGUUACCAUAUUGUUGAAUCAUUUGGAAGUGACAACUUGUUAAUAACUCAUGUUAUCCUUUAAUACUAUGAUAAUGAUUUGACUUAUUACCAUAUUAACACUGUAAAACAUCCUUGAAGGUCGUAAUGUGCAAAUAUAGCGAAUCUGAAAUAAACAUUUAUAAGUUUAUCUAUUUUGUAAAACAUUAAAAGUAGAGCAAUGUAAGAAUAAUCUACUGAUGUGUUUGUAUUUAAAUUUAUAGCCAGGGUGGAAAAUAUUGGAAAUUUGUUAACAAAAGCUGUUUCGGCUACAGUCAGAUAUUUUUUUCUUUCAACAGUUUCGAAAUGCUAUUCAUACCCUACUCGUGAAGGUUAAAACCUAAAUCUAUUUUGUAGGAAUACCUGUUACAUAAUGUAGAUCCAUGCACUUGUUGAAUUUAACGCAAUAACUAUUUCUGACUCUUUGUGCAUUGUUAAGUCAGUAUUGUUAAUUGAGUUGACAACAUCACUAAAACGUAGGUAUGUGUCCAAAAUCUGUUAAUGUUUAUCAUCAGUAGAUGUAUUGUGCAUUACAAAUAUAUAAAUGAUAUUCCAGAGUUUCGGUAUAAUACGUUCAUUAUUAUAGUUGACGACCUAUGUUUUUUUUUUUUUAUCUUAUGUAGAUAUUUUGAUGUUAUUCAUUGUAGUUAUUAUUAAGGUCUAUGGUUGUGAAUUACCAUUGUAAUUAUUAUUAAGGUCUGUGGUUGUGAAUUACCAUUGUAGUCAUUAUUAAGGUCUAUGGUUGUGACUUCCCAUUGUAGUUAUUAUUAAGGUCUAUGGUUGUGAAUUUCCAUUGUAGUUAUUAUUAAGGUCUAUGGUUGAGAAUUACCAUUGUAGUUAUUACUAAGGGCUAUGGUUGUGAAUUACCAUUGUGGUUAUUAAUAAGGUCCAUGGUUGUGAAUUACCAUUGUAGUUAUUAAUAAGGUCUAUGGUUGUGAAUUACCAUUGUAGUUAUUACUAAGGUCUAUGGUUGUGAAUUACCAUUGUAGUUAUUAAUAAGGUCCAUGGUUGUGAAUUACCUAGUUGAUAUAUUUGUUACAGAUUAAACACUUGUUGUGUUUCAUUUACCGAUCAGACAGUCGAAUAUAACCAGGAAAAACACCAAUGUGAUACAAAGUCAAAUUUUGAUUUAAAUAAAAAUGGCCGUUGUUUUGACCUGAUAUAUCUAUUCGAGUAUUUUGUACAUAAUUUUUCAUUCAUUGUCUUAUUCAUAAUAUAAAAUGUCUCCAUUUUGAUUUAAUAAAAAUUG